AUGGCUCUUCCUGAGCUUCGACAUUUGGAACAGGACUUGAAGCACGCCCCACGAAAUUCCCUCGAAACCCCAGAAGUUCGUAGCUCUCUGGCAAAGAUGAUCGAUGCUGCUCUAGAUCCUACGGAUAGGUCGAUCCCUGUCAUAGAAGGGGAGUGCCCCCAAGUCGAUUUCGAGAUUAUAUGGUCCCGCGCCUUACCGUUGGUGGUACGUGGAGCUCCUGGACUGUUAUAUGACUGGUCUCCACAAUCCCUUUCGUCUCUCUUUGGGGAUGACUCGUGUGAUAUCAUCGACUGCGAAACAAGUCACGUCGCGAGAACGACGGUAGAUGCGUUUUUUAAGGACCUAGGGGACGCCAAGUCGAGCGGACCGAUUUUGAAACUCAAGGAUUAUCCUGGAGACAAGCUAUUCAAGGACAAGUCUCCGAUGCUGGCUCUUGAUUUCAAAAGUGCUCUCCCCGUUCCAAUGUACACCAACGACGAUGGAUCGCUGAACCUGGCGUCCAUGUAUCCUCUGGACUAUGAGUGCAAACCUGAUCUUGGCCCCAAGGUAUACGCUGCGAUGGCAAGCAAACAAGAUGAUGAUCACCAUGGCAGCACUCGUUUACAUAUGGAUAUGGCGGAUGCGGUAAACAUUAUGGCACACGGCCGGGCCUUGUGGCACAUUUUCCGUAGCGAUGAUGCUGAUGCAAUCCGCGAAGUCUUGAAACGACAAUCCGACUCGGCCGACCCCAUCAAUUCGCACAAGAUGUAUUUGACGCCCGGCUUGCUGAAAGUCUUAGAGGGCAAAGGUAUCAAACCGUAUAUAUUUGAGCAAACCCAAGGCGAUUGCGUGUUCAUUCCCGCAGGCUGUGCGCACCAGGUAUCCAACAUCUCGUCUUGCGUCAAAAUAGCAACCGAUUUUGUCUCUCCUCAGAGCCUGAAGCGCUGUGCUCGGGUAGCAACCGAAUUCCGUGAUUGCGAGACGAUACACGAAUGCCUAGAAUUCUCUUCCCUCUUGCUGUACGCAUGGAUGUCAGUGACAGUCAUGGACAGCUUAUUACCGCGUCCAUAUGCAUCCUUCAAUCUCAAGCGGAAGACGCCGUCCUCUGAUCUCGGCGAUGAGUCAGGCCAAUGGUCAACAGUCAGUCCAGAGCAACUCGAUGUGGCCAACGCUACGCGUACGGGUGCCUUCAACACGAUGGCCAUCGAAACUCAGCAGGUUGGCCCAGAGAAACCUAACGGUCCCAAUGAGGCGAUCGCCGCGGAUGCCUUCAGUACGGACAGUGAACUUCCAAACGUAGUUGGCCGAGAAAACCCCGACGCUCCCAAUGAGACCGACACGUAUCCCUGUAAUACGACAGCCAGUGCGGAAGUAGUUGACGGUGACGCAGAGAAACCUGACGGUCCCUUAAUUGAGGCCAUGGCCACCAGUACCACUGACGCGGAUUCCCUUAACACGACGGCCAAUGAAACUCCGGAGAUAGUUGACCCAGAGAAAUCCAACGGCCCCAAUGUAACCGGCGCGGAUGCUCAGCAAGUGUUACAGAUGUUGCUGCAGGCUGUCUCCAACUCCAACUACGCUUCAAAUUAUAAUGCCAAUGCCUCGCCAAUGCCCUUCGUCGACCAGAGGACCACACCCUCGACCUCCGCUCCACCUAGCAUUGUCCAUGGCAGUGCCUUUUCGCUCAGCAGCACUACUUUUCAACCGAUAAGAAGUGAUUCAGGGCGUCAACCGUGGCUAGUCGUCACCCAGGUUUGCUAUCAAUGGAGGAGAAUAGCGCUCGACUGCGGAGAACUAUGGUCAAUUGUCGAUCUUUCCUGGCCAGAAGCCAAAAAGGCGACCCAUGUCAAGCGGGCUGGCGUUCAUGGACUCGAUCUCAUCUGCACACGAACCCUGCACACAGUCACGGUCCCACAACGUCUAUACGCAUCGUUGGACCAGGUGGAAGCAAUCCAAGCAAUGUUUAAGACAGCCGAUGCGGUGGUGGAAUUGCGAGUCAAGUUGAAUCCCCGCUUCCUGACCAAUCUCAAACGCUUCGAGUUGGGCCUCAAGAGAACACCGGGCUCGCUACCUAAGGGACUAUUUGUGCCCAACACUCUACAGUUGGUCACCAAUAUAACGUUCACGAACUUCAUCAUGUACGAGAGUAUCCCGUCCCUUCCCAAAUUGACGGUCCUGAAGCUGGAAGUCGUCCAGACGGCCGCAGACGUCAUCCUAACAUCUAUAGUCAACAACCCUCAGCUCCGAGCAUGUUGGCUGACAUGGGCAACAUCGCCUAACUUCAAUGACGGGAUAAUCGCUCCCCCAGACCCCCUGUUCGUGACGCAGCUACGCCUCCUGGAUAUCAACACCUCUUGCUCUGCAAUAGGGGACAUCCUAGCGUCGUUAUAUCUUCCGGGCGAUUGCUACCUUAACUUGCGGUAUUCCGGAUCACCCCCGGAGUCGGUUCGAUCCUUCGCUCGUAACUUUGUAGCAGACCCCUUGAGGGUUGCUCUUAUAGAUGAUGUAGAAGUCGUAUUCGAUCCACCCGCUUCUACGAAUGUCAAGGAUGUCGGCCUCUGGGCAGGUCCACUUCACUUUCAAUUUCAGAUCAACGGAAUAUCCGACUUCUUAUCAGUCAUGUCGACGCUCCCAUUCCAACGCAUCACCAAACUGAACCUUCGUAGCGGCGAUUUCACGGGCUCUUCAGCUUGGAUCAAAUUCCUGUACUCCUUCAACUCUGUGACGCAGCUUAGACUCAGCUACCCGAGUGACCUGCUGGCGGAACUCUUGAUCUUUGAAGGGCGACAAAUUCUCUUCCCAUCGUUGACAACGUUAGCACUCGAGGCGUAG